CUCGACUGUCUGAGGUACCCAUUCGAUCCCCUCCAACCCUUGCUCUGUGUGGUAUCUCGUCUUCCUCGUGUCUACUUUGACCCGUAUACCUCGACACCCCUACACCUACCCCCUCACCUAGCUGAGGCCUUUGCAUGAUAGCAAGGGAGCCCGACGACAUGGCGGACAAGAACCAAAGCGAUGCGUCCGACUCUGAGCCGCACGAGCGGUCGACGAUGCAACAGCAAAAGGCCAUCAACAAGAAGAAGCAAGACCGCCGUGAAGCCGGCCUGCAAUCGGCACGGUCGCGGUCGUCGUCGCGCCGUGCCCGCCGCCAGCGGCUCGAGCAGGACAAGAAGGAUGGAAAGUACAUGCACACGACGCCGCUCGAGGUGCUCGAGGAGGCGGAUGCAAACGGCGACCUCCAGAAGAUGGGCAUGUUCGAGCGCAUCGGGCCCGACAGCACAUCCAUGGACGGCCCCGUCACCUACGCCCGCGCAAUGCGAGGCGAAAUCCCCAUGCGCGGCACCAAUCCCAACCAGCCCUACCAGAUGGAGCCGCAAAAGGGCGGCAGCGAGCUCAAGGACCAGGACGGCCUGAAGCUGACGCUCGAAGCCAACCUCGAGAUUGAAAUCGAGCUCAAAGCGAGUAUUCGCGGCGACUUGACCCUAAGUUUGUAUGCUUGAUCGGCGUCAUCGCUUUCCGAGCCCGCCCCUUCCUCUCCCUAACGACACAUGAUGCUACCUACGACUUGGCUUUGGGCUCACACGCAGCUUUCCAACAAUCGAGGAGGCGAUAUUGUCGAGGAGGAGGUGCAGACGUGGCAAACCAUCUUGAGCGUUUUAGGAGUUUUACCCAGGGCUGUUUUUCUUCGUUACUUGUGCUUGUGGGGGAAGUGGGAUUUAUAUAUAUAUAUAUAUAUAUAUUCGGUUUGGCAUGUUGCGGGAGACGAAACCAGCAUUUUCUAUAAUGAAUGAUAUGAAUGGUUGUUUCGUCUGACAUGUGGAUGGACG